GCCAUCGCCGGUGCGUGCACCCACCAUCACCAUGGCGCCGCACAUCGUGCUCCUCCUCGCGGCGAGCUUCGCAGCUUCACAAGCGGCGGUGGAGUGCGGCCCCUCGGCCGCCUCUCCCUCCCCAGCACCAGCACCAGCACCAUCGCCGACGCCGUCAAACAGCAGCGCGUUCCGGGCCAAUAUCCUGGCACUCCUGGACGCGCUCCCCCAUGCCGCGGCGCCCACGGGCUUCGCCUCCCUCUCCCGGGGCGGCGGCGGCGACCGGGCCUUCGUCCGCGGCCUCUGCCGCGGUGACUUAAACCAGUCCGUGUGCCUGGCGGACCUGCAGGAGGCCGUCCGGGACCUGAGCGGCAGGUGCGCCUCCAGCCGGAGCGUGGGGGCGUGGUACAGACAAGUCUACAUCAGCUACGCCGACACCAACGACUCGGCCAUCUACGAGGGGCCAGGGCGCGUCAACCAGGUACUGUACGACGCCCGCAAGGUGACUUACGCGGGCAGCUACGACCGGGCGUACUACGCGCUGAUGAGCCGCCUGGUGGCGCGCGCGGCCGGCGGCGGCGGCAACCGGUCGGCGCGGACGAGCAUGUUCGCCACGGGGGAGGCGGUGUACGCCCCCGACGAUCCCAUCGGGACGAUGUACGGGCUGGUGCAGUGCAUGAGGGACCGCAGCGACGCCGAGUGCCAACAGUGCCUGCAUACGCUGGUGCCGCAGCUGCCGACGUGCUGCGGGGGGCAUCAGGGAGGGGUGGUGCUCGGCUUCAACUGCCACCUCCGGGUCCAGGUGUACACCUACUACGACCUGGCGCUCGACGCGCCGCCUCCAGUUCCGGCUCCCCCACCACCGGAUGCUUCAUCGCCGCCGUCGGCCGGAGAAAAUCCCAGAGAGGGGAGGCCGUCAAAACGUGCCGUCCUUGCAGGCGCGAUUUCAACCGGAACGCUACUAGUCGUGCUACUCGUCGUGCUCGUUUGUGUUUACAUGAAGUGGAGGACGGGGCCGAACAAGAGAGCACGAGAUGGUGGUAUAGAAGAUAGCAGCAACACGUACGUCAGUCCGGAGCAGUUCACUCUGCCGUUGCUGAGGGCGGCGACGGGCAACUUCGCCCCGGAAAACAAGCUGGGCGAGGGAGGUUUCGGCCAGGUUUUCAAGGGCAAGAUGCCGAAUGGACAGGCCAUAGCAGUGAAGAGGCUGUCCCAGGGCUCCUCGCAGGGGUUCCAUGAGCUGAAGAACGAGCUGGUGCUGGCGGCCAAGCUCCGGCACCGGAACCUCGUGCAGAUCCUUGGGGUCUGCUUGGAGGAGAAAGAGAAGCUCAUCGUGUACGAGUACCUGCCAAACAGGAGCCUCGACACCCUCCUUUUCGAUAAUGGGCGGUGGCGGCGGCAUGGCCUGGACUGGAGGAAGAGGCACACCAUCAUCUGCGGGAUCGCCCGUGGCCUGCUCUACCUCCACGAGGAGUCGCGCCUGAGGGUCAUCCACCGGGACCUCAAGCCCAGCAAUGUGUUGCUGGACGAGCACAUGAGCCCCAAAAUCUCUGACUUCGGCCUGGCCCGAGCGUUCCGGGGAGACCAGUCCAGAGACGUGACCAAGCGAGCGGCCGGCACCCUCGGUUACAUGUCGCCGGAGUACGCCUACUGCGGCCACGUCUCCGUCAAGUCGGACAUGUACAGCUUCGGCGUCAUCGUGCUGGAGGUCGUCACCGGUCGAAGGAACAGCAGCCCAGGCCAAGACCACGCCAACAGCUUGAGCGAGGUGUGGGAGAAGUGGAGGGCCGGGACGGCGGCGGAGAUGGCGGACGCGUCGCUGGGCGACCAGUACCCUCGGGCCCAGGUGCUCAGCUGCAUGCACAUCGGCCACCUCUGCGUCCAGAAGAAGCCGGAGCUCAGGCCCGACGCGUCGGAGGUCGUGCUCAUGCUCAGCAGCCAGUCCACGUCGCGGCGCACGCCCUCCAGGCCGGCCUUCUACGCCGGCUCCACCGGCGGCGUGGUCACCGCCUCACGUGUUCGUCCUAGCGAAAAUGUUUCGAAGAAUGGGGUGACCAUGUCGGACCUUGAACCGAGGUAGCUGGGUAGUACUCCCUUCGUUUCAAAUUACAUGAUCUCUAUUUGUCUAGACACGGAUGUAUCUGGACACUAAACAAGUAUAGAUACAUUCGUAUCUAAACAAAUAAAAGUCGUGUAAUUUGGAACAGAGGGAGUACUAAAUAGUAGUAGUAUGAAAAAACGACCAAUGUGUAUGGAGAUGGAUCAUAUUAUUGUCAACUUACAAUAUUAAGGGCCUCUUUAGU